UAUAGAAGAAAAACUAGAAAUGUCCCAUCUCUAUUUCAGCCUGGUCAGAUACCUGUUCCUGGCCCUCCUUUUACAUGGGUUGGGAGAAGGUUCUGCCCUUCUUCAUCCAGAUAGCAGAUCCCAUCCUCGAUCUUUAGAGAAAAGUGCUUGGAGAGCUUUCAAGGAAUCUCAGUGUCAUCACAUGCUCAAGCACCUCCACAAUGGAGCCCGGAUCACUGUACAGAUGCCACCUACAAUUGAGGGCCACUGGGUUUCCACAGGAUGUGAAGUAAGAUCUGGUCCAGAAUUCAUUACCAGAUCUUAUCGAUUCUACCACAAUAAUACCUUCAAGGCCUACCAGUUUUAUUAUGGUGGUAAUCGCUGUACCAACCCUACCUACACUCUAGUCAUCAGAGGUAAAAUAAGGCUUCGCCAAGCAUCAUGGAUCAUCCGAGGAGGGACUGAAGCAGACUACCAGCUACACAAUGUCCAGAUCAUCUGCCAUACUGAGGCUGUUGCUGAAAGACUUAGUCAGCUAGUAAAUCGCACAUGUCCUGGUUUCAUCCCCUCAGAUAGCCCUUGGGUACAGGAUGCCACCUAUGAUUUAUGGAGAGAGGAAAAUGGUCGUGAAUGUACAAAGGCAGUGAAUUUUGCUAUGCAUGAGCUUCAACUGAUCCGGGUGGAAAAACAAUAUCUCCAUCACAAUCUGGAUCAUCUUGUAGAAGAAUUGUUCCUUGGUGACAUUCACACUGACUCCAGCCAAAGAAUGUUCUAUCGACCAUCCAGUUACCAGCCACCCCUACAGAAUGCCAAGAAUCACGACCAUGCCUGUAUUGCAUGCCGAAUCAUCUACCGUUCAGAUGAGCACCAUCCUCCAAUUUUGCCCCCCAAAGCUGACCUGACCAUUGGCCUCCAUGGGGAAUGGGUGAGCCAGAGGUGUGAAGUACGCCCUGAAGUCCUCUUCCUUACUCGCCACUUCAUAUUUCAUGACAACAACAAUACCUGGGAAGGGCAUUAUUACCACUAUUCUGAUCCCAUCUGCAAGCACCCCACCUUCACUAUUUAUGCCCAGGGUCGCUAUAGCCGUGGAGUACACUCUGCCAGAGUCAUGGGAGGCACAGAGUUUGUGUUCAAAGUGAAUCACAUGAAGGUCACCCCCAUGGAUGCAGCCACAGCCUCUCUCUUAAAUGUGUUCAACGGGAAUGAAUGUGGAGCUGAGGGUUCAUGGCAAGUUGGAAUUCAGCAGGAUGUGACUCACACCAAUGGUUGUGUUGCCUUGGGAAUUAAACUACCUCACACUGAGUAUGAGAUCUUCAAAAUGGAACAAGAUACACGAGGUCGGUACUUACUGUACAACGGCCAGAGACCCAGUGAUGGAUCCAGUCCUGAUCGGCCAGAAAAGAGAGCCACAUCUUACCAAAUGCCCUUAGUUCAGUGUGCAUCUUCGGCUCCCAGAUCAGAAGAUUUAACAGAGGAGAAUACAAUAGGCCACUAUGGGAAUGGGGCUCCUAAAAGGAAUUUCUGUACUGUACUCUUGACUCUGAUUGCAUGCCUUUGGACUAUUCUACAUUGGAAUACCUUCAGCUAGAUUCCUUUAUGCUUAUAUAUAUAUAUAUAUAUAUAUAUAUAUAUAUUAUUUUCCAAACUAGGAUUCCUUGGGAUUUGUGAAUUUUCUUUCCUCAAGAAAGGAUUUUUAUUUCCCAGAUGCACUUCAAUAUCUAAGAAUUGUUGUUCAUUUCAUUCUCCCUUUCCCCCUCAAACCCCACUCCUAACUCCAGAAUCAUGAAUAGCACUUGUUUGAAGUUUCUACUUUGAACUUCAUCCAGUCUGUUCCCUGGCCUGAGUGACUGCACAACAGUAAUUGCACUUUAGGACUGCAGAUGGUUUGUGGGUAAUAGAUUCUUUGGGAGUUGGGAAUUUAAAAAAAAAAAUUAUAUAUUUGGCUGUGUUGGACUUUAGUUGGGGGAAAAAAAAGAUCCAGCUACAAUUUUCACUGCCAUUUUCCUCUUGUCAUUUCCUUUCCUAUCUCUGAAACUGCCUCUCCUUCAGAAUCUAACCAUCUUGAAUAGCCCUAUGCAGUAUUGGGUUAGUGCAGGGAGAAUGGCAUCUUUUUACUUAAGGAAAAUGCUUUGGUGUAGAUAUGUAUAUAUUCAAAGACACAAGGAUUUAUCUAAAUGAUCUUUACAGUUUUAUACGAAGAGAGAAUUGAAAGUGUUCCUUUCAGAAGUACUAAAUGGAAAAUAUGUGUAAUUAAAAUUUCAAAGUAAUUUAAGCUAUUUUUACAUGUAAUUUUUUUAAACUUUAAAGAAUACACUUACUGGAGCAUAUGUGGCAUAGUUCUCUGUUCAUGGUUGAUAAAGUCAAAAGGAAUCUUUGAGGUCAAUUUAGUCUAACUCAUUACUGUGAUUUUGUUGUUAUAUUAGGUUUGUUCUUGUUUCUUUGCUCUGUACAAUCAGGUAACUUGCUGGAAUCAGUAUAUAAAAAGCAAUGCCAUGAUAAAUCAGAGGAUAAACUGUAAUGUAUCUGGUAUGUGUAGGUCCUGCAAAGUCCCACAUGAAUGUUGAUAAUAAUAUGGCCCUUUUUUUAAUAUGCAAUUUCCUUUUCUUAAAACUUUCACCUUGACUUGUAGGACAUUUUGUUACAGGUAAGAAGUAUUUAGAUUUGCAGUAUCUCUCCUGCCAUCAAAAUUAUAUUUUUAGAAGAAAUAUUUGUUAGGAAAGGUCCUGCUUGCUUUUCAGAGAAGAUGUAAAAAUCAGUAUCCUGUGGGAUUUGUAGCAUCCCUUUCAUGCCAUAUGUAUCUUGGCUUUUGUAUUAAGUCUUACUAUCAUAUGGACUUAACUGGGAGACAGGUAACUAGACUAACUCUCCUAAUCAGUAAUUGACUUAGUUAUCCAACAUAAAUCAUUCUCUCCAUUCCUCACUCUAACCUUAUGCAAAAUAGGAAAUAUCAUUUCUGCCCCAUUUCUGUCCCACUGAGACACUGGAUGGAUUUAAUGUCUGUAAUGUACUUUGGAUUCUUGGAAAGGGAUCUGAUUUAACACCAAGUAUUUUUAAGAAUAAAAACUAAUGAAAAAGAAAUGAAACAGUCAACAUCUGAAGAUCUAGAUUUAAAAGAAUGCUUGUAGAAGGCAAAAAAUCAGUCAGGGUUAAAACAUUAUUCUAUUUAAUAUUAAAAUUAAAUGCCAGUAAUAUUGUUUGUGAUUUAAAUUUUUAAGGAUCAUGUGAGUAUAUACUAUUAAAUAAAUGUAUUUCAAUUAUAUUUAUAAUCAUGAAGAUUAUUAAGAUCAUGUAUUCAGCAUAAAAUACUAACCUGAUCAAUCAAAUUUACUUCCUAGUGAAAAGAACUGGAAAAGUAUUAAUACUCCUGUAAAAUUUCUUUUAUCUAUGAAGCUGCCUAACAAAUGGAGUAAUCAUUUCAUCAUUAUAAGUCACAACAAAUCAUAUGAAGCAUGUAAUAUUUAUUACCAUGGGCCAUAUCAGCAAUUUAAUCAUGGAAGUAACAGGCUAAUAGCUAUUGAAAUUAGAGACUCUAAAUCAUAAGUCUAGGAAAUUGUUUCCCUAUUAAAUACUUGCAUUUUUUAGAAAAGUAUGUGUCUAUUUAUAUAAUUUAUUUUUAAAGUUGCAAGUAUGGCAAAAUAUAUGUAUAUAUAUAUGUAUGCAUAUAUGUGUGUGCAUGUAUUUUUACACAAAAAAUAAUACAUGCAAACACAGUCUUAUAAGAGAACAAAACUGAAUCCAUAUGGAUAUAGGUCCUCUCUUCAUCAUUAAUGUAAUUUAUUAAAAGUGAUAAUCAUGAUAACACAUUUAUAUAGUUCAGGUACAAUGAUGGGUUUCUUAGUUGUUAAUUGCAACAUAUAUAUAUAUAUAUAUAUAUAUAUAUGUAUGUAUAUGUUUGGACUUGUGUUUUUACAAAUUUAAAUCUGAAAUCCAAUUGGUGUAGGAUCAUAUAGCCCCUUUUAUCUCAUUUUAUACAAUUCUUGUCCAUGUCUUUCUGUAAAUUAUAUACAGAGGAUAUAUUUGACAUAUUGGAAGCUUUCCUCUUGUAUUUUAUAUUUUGUGGGCACCAAUAUAGUCUAAAUUUUCCACUGCUUUUAGUCUUGAUAUAUAACUGGUCUGCUUUCAUCCAAGAUAUACCUGGCCAGAAAACAUGUAUUUUAUUCCAUGAAUGGAGCACAGACUAUCUUAUUAUAGUUUACUUAUACCCAUCAUAUGUCUUCUUUUUGCCCUUUGGGUUGCUUAUAAUUUUGAAUAUGUUAAAGUCAGGAUGUUUUAUGAGUCAUAGCCAUACAGUAUCCUCAAGAGAAUAUUGUUAUUAAAGAUAAAAAUGUUUUCUGGUUGCAAAAUACUUGAGAUCAUUAAAAGCACUGAGGAAUUUCUCAAAUAUAAUAUAAGCCAUUCACUUACUCAGUUCAGCAUUCAGUUUAUUUUUCAUUGGUAACAUCCAACCAAUAAUUCAAUCAACAAGCAUUGAGUAAGUAUACACAGACACUGUCCAAGAUAUACAUGUUGACAGAUUAACUUAGUGGGUCUCUGUUCAGUUAAAUAUCAUUUUCUUGGCAUUGCUUAUUUUUUAUUCUCUUUGUUUUCCUGUGGUAGACAAUGUCUUUUGAAUUUCUGUGGAUUUCACUGAAGAAGUUUAGUAGGAUAUGGGGGCUUAAUUCAAUUGAUACAAUGGGAUCUGUAAAUAAGAACAUUUAAAGAAAAUUUUCAUUAAUUCACUUUUGCUUGAACUCUGCACAGGACAUCUUCCAUGCUAUAAUGAAACAUUUUAAAUGAGCUGAUAUCUUGCUAUUUUAUGACUGGCUUAAUAUUGAAUUGUUGAUCAAAGUGAUCUCCUUAGUCACAUAUUUUUACAAUAUAUUGCAGAAGGUGAUUCUUUUACUGAGAAAGAUCUUAUCAAUGAUGGUUGAAUUUUGUCCUACCAAGUCUGUUUUUUAAAAAAAUCAACAUAGUAAUAGCAUUCACCAUAUCAUUUAGUUAUAAGAUACAAAGAUAUGUAGAUGGAGAUAUAAAGAAUUUUCUGUUAUCUUUUCAUGCAUUUAUCAAUAACAUUCAAUAUAUAUGUGAACGAUUUUCAUCAAGAUUUUAUGAAACUGAGAAAUUAAGCACGUAAGGUACCUUCAUUUGUGAAUAAAGUUUUCUAAAUGUUAAUGUCCUGCACCAAAUUACUCAGACAUGCUCUUAAGUAUCCUAGCAAUCUUGAAAGAAUAUGACUAUAAUAUUCAGGAAGAGUCCACACUGAAAAAAUUUUAAUGACUUUAAAAUGGUCUUUCUUAGAAAAGUUAUAAUGAUAUUCUGCUCCAAACUUUCAAUAUAUAUUCCCUUCAAUUCCAAAGCAGGAAAAAAGGUGCUAGCCAGGCUCAUUAGGAGAUAAGGAAGAGAAUAUUUUGCCCCAAGGGUAUGGAAGAAAGAAGUGUGACUGGCCUAAUGAAUAUUUCUAUGUCAGAAACCCUCUUCUUAUAACUCUCAGCACAUAUUAUACCUCAGCUCUCUCUAUGUGUUGAGGGGAUGAUUUUCAUUGCUAGGCUUUUAUCUUUUGAAUCAGUUUCAGUAUCAUGUGUUUUCCCAUAGUGCCACAAGUGACUUGAAUUAGGAAGUUUUCCUUUUCUAGAUCCUAGCCUUAGAAAGAAUAACUUGAUCCAACAAUGGUCUUAAAAAGUUGCUCAGAAAGUAGGUAAGUGAUAUUUAUAAAAUCUGAACUUCAAAUUGAACCUCCUAGAGUAGUAAUCAUAGGGCUCCUAAAAGUCAAUAUGUCCAAAUUCCUUGAUACAGUAGCAAGCAGUAAUUAUACUGCAUUAUAAGAGCCAUUAUCUACAUGAAUAAUAUGUUCAGAAAUAUUCUAAGAAUGAUUUGCACAUUGGCUAAAAAUUCUGGUUUAUCUAACAAGUGUGCACCAGUUCCCCAUGGAAAUAGGAUGAAAUACUGAUAUACACCAACACCUAAUCCAGAAAUCAAUAAAUGGCAUCAGAGUUGCCAUGUCAGGACAAUUUCAUCAAAAGAAAUUCUUUUCCACUUGAGUUGUGAUGGGGUUUUCCAAGCCCCCCACAGUUAUUGCUGGUAUUUUUGCUAUACCUGAUUUCCUAAAGGUCUCAUAUAGCUUUAUCUAUUUAAGCUAAAUUUUGUAGCCAUGGACAAAUGAAAAAAAAAAAAGAUGGCCAGAUGCCUUUCAUUUCUAAUUUCAUAAGGAAAAACAUUCUUUCCUCAAUAUCAAAGAGAUUGUUUAUCCUUUAUAUAUAUUCUUCAUAGAGACAAUUUGGAUUCUUUAAAAUCCUGUGGUACUACAGCUUGGUCUAUCUCACUUGGAAAAUAGAUGGGUCAAUUUAAUAGCAUUUACCCAUGGAUUGAAUAAACUCUAGUAAUGAAGCUUACUACCCUAUUCCCACCACUAUCACCACUCUUUAUUCCCUCUUCUAACACCAUCCUAUUUUCCAGAUACUUAUGUGAACAGGGAUAUUCUACCAAAGGGAAAAAUUUAGAGUCAUUUUGGUCCACAACUUCUUCAUCAAUUAAGCCAUAAUCAUGUCAAUACUUUUAACAAGAAUACCUAGCAGUCCAAGAGAAACCAAACUCUAGACUCAGAACAUCAUGGAGGCAAUAAGGUUAUUACUUGGCAUUAAGACUUAGAAUUUUAUACUAGACCAAAAAUGUAUUUCUUUUCUCUGGCAAGAAUAAAUUAAGAUAAAUGAUUUCCAAGAGAAGGACUUUCCACAUUUGUAUUUUUAAGCAUCAGCAGAGUGUCUAUCAAAUUACCUUUCAUUCUGCUAUGAAUAGUAUGCCUCAACCUUACAAACUGAAUCAAUCCUGCAAAGGAAUAAAGUCUCAGGAAUUUUGGGAAUGGGAAUCUUUUAAAGCCUAGUCCUCCACAGAUUGUGGGAAAGAAAUAAUGUAGGAAAAGAAACACUUCAGAGGUUAUCUCAAUAUCACAAUAACACUACAAUAAUUACAUUUAGAGCCACUAUUAGAAACUAUCAUGCACAAGACAUUUUCCUAUUUCCUGUAUAAGAUAUUAUAGAUUCUUGCUGCCUGGACACAUUAUAAAGCAUCUUAUUUAUGUACAGGUUUUCUCUUUUACUAGAAUGUGAGCUCCUAAAGGGCAGGGAUUCGUUUUUGCUUGUUUGAGGGUUUUUGUUUUUCACCCUUUUUGUAUCCCUAGUGCUUAGCAUAGUGCCUGACCUAUAUAACAAGUGCUCAGUAUAUGCUUGUGAAUUAAUCAAUAAUCACAUUGGAAGUAAACACGUGGAAAAAGGAUAAACUUUGCAGAAGAUGCUCUGGAAAAUUUAGAAUUGGUUGAUGAGAAGAUGUUUCACAAUGUGAAUUAUUUGGGAAAUAUUAUAAAUAGUAUUCUGCAUCAUGUUCUUUAUGAAAAAAGUGGCCAAUAAACUUUAUACUAAUAUUCUCAACCACCAGAUCAUACUUGCAAGUUUUGAAAGAGUAUGAGUUCCUUGAAUGCAAAUGGGCUGUGACUAGCACAGUGGCUGGUAUAUAGGAAGUGAUGAAUAAAUGCUUUUUGAUGAAUUGAUUAUGAGAUAGAACACUGAAAACAGCCUGAAGAUUACCUCCAGUGUCACCCAUUACCUGGAUAAAAGCAAUGUUAAGGGGGAAGAGACUGUACAACAUACCUUAGUUUGGCAGUAUAAUAGCAUUGGAACAGGGUUGGAGUGAUUAAAAGAAUCUGAGGAAAGAAAUGUAAUGAAAAGAUUUCUUUGCCCUACUAUUACUACUAUCAUAACAUACCAAGUAUAAAGAGGUGCCUUAGCAAAAGGUUGGACUUUUUAUCUUUGAAGUUUUUAUUUUUGUCUUAAGCUUUUAAUAUAUAAUUUCUUCCUAGCAAUAAAGGGAAUACACAAUACAUGUACUGUAAUCAAUUUCAGAGUAAUAAUGUUCCUGGUAGAUGUCUAUCAUUUAUAUAGAGAUAUCUUGUCUUUUUCAUGAAGCAAUAUAUUUUUAACUUGGAAUCUACUCUUCUCCCUCACCAGUUCCAGUAUUUUUCCAGUGUCAGGGUCUUUUUUAUUUUUUAUUUAGCAUUUAUGUUUUGUAAAUAUACAAAGCAAUUCUUCUUUUCUACUCUAUGUUCCAGAUUACAUUGUUGGAGAAAUUUGAAUAAUUGUUAAAAGACUAUCUAAAAUAAGGCUGUCAAAUAAAGCACUAACACCUCUCAA